AUGGAGAUAAUUUGCGCGGGUUUUCCAAAAACCUGUUCGAAAAGUUGCUCAAAUGCUCUUCGAAUUUUGGGCUACAAGGUCGCGGAUCUGAGCGAAAACAUCCACUUUUUGUCCGAAGUUUGGUACGACUACCUGAAAGGCCAUUGCUCCAUCCAUCGAGUGAUAGAAGAAUACAAGAAGCACGGAUUCGAGGCAAAUCAAGAUGUCCCCGGGAACGUCUACUGGGAAGAACUUUACCACGCUUCUCCAAACGCCAAGGUCAUCUUGACCGUCCGGGACAGCACGGAAGUCUGGAAAAACUCAUUCAUCCCUUUUCUCGAAAAUGUCAACAAGCAGUUCGGAAACCCGGGAUUUUGGCUUUACCACCGGACAAUUGCCAUGGGCUGGACUAGUCCGAACAUGAAUCGAGCUAAUUGGACCACUCAUGAAGUGAUGAAAAAAGGGUUCUUCAGAAACUGCGAUCAGGACUUUUUUCCAGCCCCUUGGACUGUUUUUACAGGCGAACAAAUGAUCAAAAUAAUGAAACCAUACUGGGAAGCGGCGGUCGACCAAUACGAAAGCCACAACCGUCGAGUACAAGAAAUCGUCCCAGCCGAACGCCUCCUUGUUUGGAACCCAAAAGACGGUUGGGAACCUCUUUGCAAGUUUCUUGGCAAACCUGUUCCUGACAAGCCGAUCCCGCACGACAACAAAACCGCGGACAAAGAUUUCAUCAAACGAUACUUGCUUGAAGGCGAGCCGGGAGUUGAUGCGAUGAACUGGACCCAGUAUUACAUCAAGAAAGCGAUGAUCAAGCGACGAAUUGGAAGCUGCCACCGGAAGUGCUUGGAAUUGCUGCCACUGGAAGUCGACGGAGAAGCUGUCAUCGAAAGUGGAACCUACUCCGCUGCUGAAACUACAAACGCCGCCCGUAAGCUGGAAAACUCUGCUCUACUCGACGACCGUUGUUCUCUGCAAAAGCACAAUGGGAGCAUGGAUAGCGAUUGGAGCAGAAAUGAAGGCGAGCCGUUGAUUGGAGGAGGUCUUGUUGGUCGCUCGCAAAUUCACACGCUCGCUGUCGCCGGGUAA